CUCCUCUCCAAGAAUCUCCUUUGCCCCACAAAAGGCCAUUUCAAAAAUUGCAACACUCGAAAGGCACAAAAAUUUCAACGAACUCUACUACUUACUGCACCUGAAAAUUGUAGAGAGAAAUAGAGAGAUGGGAAGCAAUGAGGAGUGGAGGAAAAAUGCAGAUACACACAAAAUGAGGCCUGAGGAUGUAAAAGCAGCAGGAGUUGAAGCUUCCAAGAGGCCUCCAGGGCACCACCCAGGCAACAUCCUGCACCAGCGGCGGAGCCUCCCCUACAGCUACACCACCAUGACCGUUGCCGGCCUCCUUAUCGUCGGAGCCAUCGGAUAUUUUACCUUAUAUUCCAUGAAAAAGCCUGAAGCCUCUGCAAAAGAUGUCGCCAAGGUCGCUACCAAUGUCGCUGAACCUGAAGAUACCAAGCCUAGGAAGUAGCCUCCAAUUCCAUUGCUGCUGCUGGUGGGUGUGUUUCUUUCUUUCAUGUAGCCUUCUUUGUUUUUUUUUUUUUUUUUUUUUCUUUUUUUGGGGGUGGUUAACUUUGGAGUGAAAAUUGGGCUCUCAAAUUCCCAAUUUUGACAGUAAUACGAGUGUUGAUGUUCAAUUUUUAGGGCA